AUGCAUAUCCUCUCCACUGAUGACGAUAAUGCUCCCGGAUGUCAAAUAUUAGACGGCUUUGCUAUUCUUGUACAGCUGACAUUAGCCAUGACGGCCUUGACAGCCUUGGGUAUUAAACGUUGGCGAGAACGACCACGAAGACCUGUAAAUGUAUGGAUAUUGGAUGUGAGCAAGCAAUUCAUUGGUGCUGGUACGGUUCAUUUUUUAAAUCUUGGCAUCAGUUAUCUUGCAGGUCGGCCUGCGAACGGCCCACCCAGCAAUCUUUGUGUAUGGUACUUUCUCAGUCUUCUUAUCGAUACAACACUCGGCAUUGCCAUUCUUUGGUUCUGGCUACGUAUUCUUGAAUGGACUUUGGAGCAUGUCAUCCUGAGUAGUAAACAACGUCGAUCCACUGCUACUACUACUACUACUACUACUACUCGAUUGUCGCUCUUUGAUGGUUAUGGGCCACCUCCUUUUUGGCCAUCGAUGCUAUGCCGAUGGAGUGUACAAACCGGCGUAUUUGUUUUGGCUACGCUGUGUAUGAAAAUUUGCAUCUAUGCCUCGUUUCAAGCUUUCCCCGUCAUUUUUGAUUUGGGUGAUUGGGUCUUGGCUCAUAUCAAAGAAACACGCUAUCAAGUCGUAUUUGUCAUGUUUGUCUUUCCAUUAUUCAUGAAUGCAUUCCAAUUCUGUGUCAUUGAUUCCAUUAUCAAAGGCACCAUUCAUCCUCCCCGUUACUGCCAAGACCCCUCGCUAUGGACAAACGCCGCCAUAAAGGAGACGAAUAGUCGAUCCAACGAUGAUUGGCGGGGGAACACAACGACAACGACGACGACAUGGCAACCUAAUAACAAUCACCACCCUAACCAUGACGAAGAAAGGACCCCGCUUUUAUCAGCUUGA